AACUCCGACGCGACAGCGACGCGGCAGAGAAAACUCGUUGAUGCCUUUCGUUUGACUAAUUUUAUAUAACUUUCGGAGUGACAACACGGCCGACACAUAAACAAAAAAUAUAUCCUAGCUUGUGAAUAUUUAGGCACACACUUCACACACCUGCAACGCGGCCUGCAGUUCCAAAUUCUUCGUGUUUUCGAUCAAGGUGUUCCAGGCGGUAAACAAACAACAGCAACAACAGCUGGCACCACAAAAACAACAACAACACGGCGAACAACCUGUGCGCUUCUGAUUAACAUUUCUGGUCAGAUAUAUUCAAUUAGCAAAGCGGUAGCAUCAUGUCGAUCAGGAGAGCUAUGUCCACAACGGCCUCAAAGGAGUGGCGGGAUUACUUUAUGAGUACCCACUUCUGGGGCCCGGUGGCCAACUGGGGUAUUCCGGUGGCUGCUCUCGCCGACACACAAAAGAGUCCCAAAUUCAUCUCCGGCAAAAUGACAUUGGCUCUGACCCUGUACUCGUGCAUCUUUAUGCGAUUUGCCUACAAGGUCCAGCCCAGGAAUUGGCUGCUCUUCGCCUGCCACGCUACCAAUGCCACCGCCCAAUCGAUCCAGGGUCUUCGCUUCCUUCACUACAAUUACGGGUCUAAGGAGCAGCAGGCGUAAAUGUAAUCCUUGCCCCGAAAUCCACUUCCCCGAGACGCGACGCGCGAAGCCACUUCAAAUGUUUACCCAACAGCAGCAGCUAUCGCAAUUUACUGCCACCACACGCAACGAAGAUCUAGCAAAUUGCACUGCCGCAAUCCCAUUCAAAUCAAAUCCAAGUGGUGGAGUAAUUGCCGUGAAUCACACCCGCACAAUCGGCUGAAUCUCGAAUCGCGAAGUUGUCGUGCCCCAGUAGCCGUUUUCGCUGGGGUCAAAUUCCAAUUCCAAUUGAGUCUAUACCCAACUUGUUACUUUGCCCAUUUAGUUAAUUCCGUUAGGCAGUUGAUCAAAAUUUUAAGUCGGUGCAAUGCUUAGAUUACGAUUAUAUGAAUAUGGUUUAAAAUCCAAUAAAAGAUAUCAAAAUCUAAUUUUGUCUAGUGUCUGUCAAUACAAAAUGGUUGUAAUAAAAUUGUAACAUUUAAUCAUUAAAAUGAAGAACGUUAUAGAACCCAUUCAAAUAUAC